CGCGUCCGGGCGGAAGUGGUGGCCCGCGCGUCCGGCCCUGCGCAGCGAGGCGGCCGCCGCAGGGCACCGGAGCCUGGCCGGCAGCGGGUCUGGCCCAGGGCCACCAUGAUCUCUCUUCCAUCUACCUCCAGCAAACUCUUUUUCUCCCGGGCAUCUUCUUCCCUUCAGUGACCCCAGGAAAACUGGUCCCUUAGCAUGCCAGCUCCAUUGCUCUUUCCCUUCCGGGGUUUGCUUGGCAUCGUCUUCCACCAUGUUCUCAACACUGCACAGGAUUGGAACCUGAGUCUGCUGGUGUCAAGGGGAUCUGACUGGCCAAAACUUGAGAAAAGCACCAGAUCUCAGAAGGACCUGUGUGACAAGGGAGCAUGUGCUGCAGCCUUGAAGGAGCUGAAUUGGCAGCUCCUUCCUGUUGUGAGCAUGUUGGCUGAGGACCAUCCUCUUGGUCUGGGGUGCAGACCCUUCUUYUAGCCCCUCCUCAGGUCUCAGCAUAACAGUUCAGCUGGAGCCUGUUGGCAUAGUGGUCUCCCUGGGGCCUCUACCCACUGCCCUCAGUGAGCCUUCUCUGUGUGCCCAAAAACCCUGUAGAAAGCAGAUUGGAGGAGCCAGCCUGCUCUCUGGAUGAGGCAAGGGUUUCUUGUUGCAUGUGGCCCAGCGUGUCCUCAGGAAGAGAACUCAAGUGAAGCACAGAUUUGUCUAGGCAUUGUCACAAGGCCACCACAACAGUCUAGGAACAAUACUCUACGUCUGUCACUUUUUUUCUUGUCCAAAUUGACCCGAUCCCCAAAGCUUGUGUUACAUCCAAAGAGGUGGACAAAAUCAUAAUCUUGCAACUGAAUGGGCCCGAUGGGUGUGACCGGGUUUUCGCAGCCCAGAGCAACUUAGUGAGUGUGUGGGCUUAAGCUUUUGGUACAGGAGAACAUGCUUGCCCAUCUGUCACCUGUGUGCCUGACAUGUCGUGCGGCCCUGAGCACAGGAGUGUAAGUCCAGGAGCUGAGUGGGCAGGGGAAGAUGCUGUGGGAAGUCAGAAGUUCUGAGCUGACAUCUGGCUUCACACUGAGCAGGGUGACUGAGCUCUGAGCAUGUAGUGCAGGAGUGAGGGACGGGGAGACCCAGCACCGAGAGCUGUCCCGCCCUGCCUGGAUCCUGAAUGGGAGGAGUCUGCUCUGACAGUGCCUGAAACCUGUUAGCUCUGCCACCUGCCUUAUUGCACUUCUUAAGGAAGUAGGAGAGACCUGUAGACUGGCCGGCUGUCUGCUGUGUAGGCACUGCUGAUCCCUCUGCUCGUGGUGGAGAGUGGGUGCAGGCCUGGGGUUUCCAUGGAGGUUCUGCCCGGUGCUCAGUCUGAUGCCCGUCCAGCCCUCUGACCACCUGGAAUGGAAUGAGCCUAUGCACUCCCUCCGGAUAAGUGUGGGGGGACUUCCUGUGCUGGCGUCCAUGACCAAGGCCGCAGACCCCCGCUUCCGUCCCCGCUGGAGGGUGAUCCUGACAUCCUUCGUGGGCGCAGCCCUCUUCUGGCUGCUGUACUCCCACCGCCCAGCCCCGGGCAGGACUCUUGCUCACAAUGCACACAACUGGAGACUUGGCCAGACGCCUGCUGCCCACUACAAUGACACCUACCCCCUCUCGGCCCCCCAGAGGACGCCAGGUGGACUUCGGUACCGAAUUGCAGUCAUUGCUGACCUGGACACAGAGUCUAAGGCUCAGGAGGAAAACACCUGGUUCAGUUACCUGAAGAAGGGCUAUCUGACCCUGUCAGACAGUGGGGACAAAGUGACCAUUGAGUGGGACAAAGACCAUGGGAUCCUAGAGUCCCACCUGGCAGAAAAGGGAAGGGGCAUGGAGCUCUCUGAUCUGGUCGUCUUUAAUGGGAAACUCUACUCUGUGGAUGACCGCACGGGGGUCAUCUACCAGAUCGAAGGCACGAAGGCUGUGCCCUGGGUGAUUCUGUCUGAUGGCGAUGGGACCGUGGAGAAAGGCUUCAAAGCGGAGUGGCUGGCUGUGAAGGACGAGCACCUGUACGUGGGCGGCCUGGGCAAGGAGUGGACCACCACCACCGGGGAGGUGAUGAAUGAGAACCCCGAGUGGGUGAAGGUGGUGGGCCACAGGGGCAGCGUGGACCACGAGAACUGGGUGUCCAGCUACAAUGCCCUGAGGGCCGCCGCUGGGAUCCGACCCCCAGGCUACCUCAUUCACGAAUCUGCCUGCUGGAGCGACACCCUGCAGCGCUGGUUCUUCCUGCCUCGCAGRGCCAGCCACGAGCGCUACAGUGAGAAGGAAGAUGAGCACAAGGGCACCAACCUCCUCCUGAGCGCGGCCCAGGACUUCGGGGACAUCUCCGUCCGCCGUGUUGGGGAGCUGAUCCCCACACACGGCUUCUCAUCCUUCAAGUUCAUCCCCAACACUGACGACCAGAUAAUCGUGGCCCUCAAAUCCGAAGAGGACACUGGCAUCGUUGCCACCUACAUCAUGGCCUUCACACUUGAUGGGCGCGUCCUCCUCCCAGAAACCAAGAUAGGAAGUGUGAAGUAUGAAGGAAUAGAGUUCAUAUAGAUUAAAAUGCUCCCAACGCCAGCAAGGCUGAGCCGGGCCUCUGGUUCUGUAAAGCCCAGGGGACUCACUUCUGUUGUCUUCUCUUUGUAACCAUGAGGUGUGUUUCUGGCUUCGUCCCCAGAGCAGGGAGUUCAGUUCCUGGCGUGGAGCAGCCUGAGGUUGUGAGCGGCAGGGAGGCCACUGGGACCUGGCAGCUCCCAGCUCUGCACUGCCGGGCGGCUGCAGAGGCCACCGCUGCAGGCAUCUUGAUCUGGGCUGCCGGCUGCCCACCAGGUUCUGCCCCCUCUGGCCCACCUGGCCUCCCAGGCUUGCCUUUCCCUGAGCUCUCUGUGUAGUCGGUGCUUCAGGAGCGCCUAGAGCACUGAAGCAGGUGCCCUGUCUUGGAAAACAGGGAGUGGAGGCAGGCCUGCCGUGAGGAGCUCCCAGCUACUCCCAUCCUCCUCUCAAACCCGGGCAUCCAUUCCAUGCGCCCCCAGACCCUUGGAAAGUAAAUGUUUACACUGCAGGAUGCAUGGAGCAUGGUGGCCUCUGGGGACACCUGCCCACUGCUGACUGGCACCCUGCAAGGUUGCUCCCAGCCACCCCACAGCCAAGGACCCUGCUUCCGCCCUUUGGGAAUGUUCUAGGGCUGUGUAGCACUGUGAGGUUUUAAUUAUUAACUUAUUUUUACUAAAGUAGUUUCCUCUCUUAUCAAACGGAAUCACCAAAUCUCACCCCACAGAGCAAAGUCACAGUGAAUAAAUUUGCCACSAGCGGCAGGAAGUUGUCACUAAGCAGCCACAGGUAGCAAAGCCAGUUUACAGUGGUGUCUGAGUGCUUGGCUCGCGGCCAUUCCCUGGCAGCUUUCAGAAGGCGCCUUGCCCUUCAGGACUCUCACGGAUGACUUGAAUGUCUCGUUCCCUGACCCAGGAGGCACCCUGGGUUCUGGCCGGCCGGCAGCUGACCCUUGACCAGGGCGGCUUUGUUCUGCAGGUUGUCCUGCCACCUCCUGGGUUUCUCUCCAUGGCCUUCCUCCUCCCUGUGGGAGUUUUGCAGCCUCCUCUCUGUGGAAGCUUCACACAGACUUGGCUCCUUGUUGGUCCCUGUUGUCUCGUCCCAGUGCUGGGGAGGUGGGGGUGGUUGGGGACAGAGGUAAGGCAGGACUAAGCCAAGAAGGGAUGAGUCCAUUCAUCAUGGCAUCCCUGCCUGGCUGCCUCACCCUGCGACAGAAGCUCGGCGGUGGUGGGAGGGACUCUUGGCUGCACCUGGCCCUGUGCUGACCCUUGCAGACCUCUUCUCCUUGGAACUGGGACAGUCCCCUGCCGGACUCUGGUGAGACGUCCUGCACAGCUUGGUCCUUCUGCUGUAGGAGAAGCAGCAGAGCAAAGACACUCGACUGAACGUGAUGUUUCUCCAAGCCGGGCUUCCUCGGGCGCAGCCACAACCCCACUCUCCUGCCUUUGCCUGGCGGGCUUCUGAGCUGCCACCCCCUGAGCGUCGAUGCCAUCAGAGCUGUUCUUUAAAACAGAAUCAAGACGUCCAGAGGCUGGGCAGUCACUGGCUUGAGGCACUCUUGAUGUUCUGAGGCCCCUGAGCCACAGGCCAGGUGUGCGACUGAGUGACUUCCAGAGACCUGGAAGCCAGCCUUCCCUGUCCCCGUGUUCGCUGCUGUCGGCAUGAUGAUUGUCUCCUUCCCUUUGUCCAUUUGUUUCAUAAACAAUAAA